AUGGCCCCGACUAUCAUACAGUGGAUCCUGGAUACCCGGCAGUUGUGGCCCGAAGCCGCUGAAACGAAGCAGCUUGAGCAAGUUGCAUCCCGAGCCCUCGACCUUCUCAAGCCCGAAGAGCGCAAGGCAGUACUAAAGUAUUACCAUGUGCGCGACGCGAAGCUGUCCCUGGGCUCGCAUCUCUUGAAACGUUACGCCAUCAGCCGAUUCUGCCACGUUCCCUGGCCUGAGGCUACUGCCAUCCGCGACAAGCGCACCAAGCCUAUCUUCCGCGCCGCUGACGGUACCUCCCCACUGAGCUUUAACGUGAGCCAUCAGGCCGGCCUCGUCGCACUCUUCGCGAUACAUGGAUAUGACGCUGCGAACGGCCCAGUCGACGUUGGCGUGGAUGUGGUAUGCACGUCAGAGCGCCGCACAAGGGACCACCGCAUAUUGAGGAACGAGGGGUGGCCUAAAUUCGUCGACAUCCACGCUGAUGUGCUCUCGCCCCUCGAGGCGAACUUCCUCAAGUGGCAAGCGCUCGCCGCCAUCCCGCCGGGAUUGAAGCCUGGGGCCUCGACGGAGGAUGCGGCAGACUUCAAGCUGCGCUGCUUCUAUGCGCUGUGGUGCUUGAGGGAAGCGUACGUCAAGAUGACUGGAGAUGCUCUUCUUGCGCCGUGGCUGGGAGAGUUGCAGUUCAAGAAAUUCAGGCCGCCGGCUCCUGCAGAGAGUUUCGAGGCCGAGGGCGAGGCAGUUACGGAUCACGAGAUCGUGUUCAAGGGUACCAGGGUCGAGGAUGCAAAGAUAUCCCUCAAGGCUUUGGGCCCAGAUUACAUGACUUGCUCUGCCGUCCGGACACCUCAGCGGAAAGAGGACGGAUUGGCAUUUGAACUCGGCCCGUAUAAAAUGUUGGACAUAGACGAAGUGCUUACUUUUGGGGAGAGUCAUCAAAGUUAG